UGGGUGACGGUGGCGGCUCACAAGUACGAGGGGGCGGCCCACUUCGCCCUCUUCGCCGCCGUCUUGGUCUGGCUCCUCACCCUGGCUCUCUUCGGGCUGAGCCUGCUGGGGCGUUGGGCGCUGGUGCCCUGGCUGGGCUCCCGCUGGCUCCUCACCAACCUGGUGCACGACCUGAAAAACUACGCAGCCGCCACCGGCAUCAUGGGCUACAAGGCCAGGCAGAAAAGCUAUUGCAACCUGCCGGGCUACAGCCAGCACUGCCUCUAUGGUGCCUACCUGAGCGCCUCCGUCUGCGGGGGCAUCGCUGCCUGCCUGUACCUCUUCUCCGGGCUCUACUGCCUGUCACGGCGCUGCCGGGACCAGCGCGACAUCAUCUGA